AUGGCCAGGGGAGCGGCUUCCCAGCCCUCCAGCGCCUCUCUCCAAUUCAAGGAGCCGAUCUCCUGGAAGACAGGAAAACCGAUUGCCGUUCCUCACUUGGUUAAGCGCCUCAAAGCUUUGCACUCAGAACUUCGAUCCCUUGCCGACGAGCCGGAGGUGGAUCUUCCUUCUGUAGACCAAGUCGCAAAAGAUCUUGCUGCGACUGGCUUGCUCCAUCACAAGGAUGAGUCCAUAAAGGCCUUUCUGGCAUGUUGUCUUGCCGACAUUCUCUAUCUCUAUGCGCCAGAUGCUCCAUAUACUGCGAACCAAUUGAGGGAAAUAUUCGACCUCUUUAUCAAAACUUUGAAAGGACUUGAAGACUCUGAAAGUACAUUUUAUCAAGAGUAUCUCUAUCUACUCGACAGGCUCCAUGAAACCCAAUCUAUUGUUCUCAUAACAGACCUUCCUGGAUCUGACGCCCUUAUUACGAACCUGUUUACUACUCUUUUCGACCUCUCCGCCAACGAGGGUGAAAAGAAUGUAGAAUAUAAGAUGACGGAUCUGCUGGAGCAGGUCGUGGAGGAAGUAAAUACUUUACCUACGGAAGUUAUCGACGUCUUACUGGCACAAAUGAUGAGGGCAUCACCGACAACAGCCGAAAAUGCCGGAAAGAAGAGAGGCCUGGGUGACAAGAAGUCAAAGGACCAAACGACCCUUCUGGGAGCCCGACAGUACCCUCCAGCGUACAACAUGGCCAAGACAAUAUGUGCCAACUGCGUGGACAAAAUGUCAAGGCAUAUCUGCCAGUACUUCACAGAUGUCAUUAUGGACGCCUCCCCAGCUUCCCGACGAGGCGAGUCACCCGACGGGGACCCAGGAGAGAAUCUUAAUGACGAUCUUAAGGAAAUUGAAAAGGCGCACAAUCUGAUGUUGGAGUUGUAUCUUGCUGUGCCAGAAGUACUCUCUAAUGUCCUUCCCCUGUUGGAAACUGAGAUGGCCUCUGAGACAGCAGACCUUCGAGUCCAGGCUACCGGUACAGUCGGUAUGAUGGCUACGACGGGGUCGCUUCCACAAUCUUAUCCCCAAACUUGGAAGACAUGGCUGGGAAGAGCAAACGACAAAUCUGUUGCGGUCCGAGUACAGUGGGUGGAGGCAGCCAUCGAAAUUUUGAAGGCUCGAACAGAUGUAACCCAGAUACUACAAAAAGAGAUCAAAACCAAGCUAUUCGAUGCUGAUGAGAGAGUUCGAGUUGCUGCUGUCAAGAAGAUUGGAGAACUGGACUGGGAGUCGGCUACAAAUAAGCUUGUAAGCAGGGAUUUUGAGGAGAAUAUCCUAGAAACUUUGGCCCAACGUACCAAGGACAAAAAGUUGGCAGUUAGAGAAGCUGCGAUUAGUGUCCUGAGCCGACUUUGGGCAGAUGCAUAUCCACAAAUUUCUCUGAAUAAUAAGGUGGUAAUACGCGAACUUGACUUCAUCCCUUCUAGUUUGCUCGAUGUUAUCUACGUCAACGAUAAAGAAACAAACGUUAUUCUCGACAAUGCUUUGUACGAAUAUCUACUGCCGAUUGGCGACUAUAGCGGCAAGAAGGACAACAAGGCGAAGAAAUCCAAGGGCAAAGAAAGCCAGGCUGCAACCCAAUCGGCCUCGCAAUCUGCAACUCAGACUGGGACUCAAGCCGAGUCGCCGGAGGAAGAACUUUCUGAAGAUGAAAUUCGAACUAGGAGAAUGAUGGUACUACUUCGGUGCAUGACAGAUUCAACUGAAAAGUUCGAUGGCUAUAACGAUUUUGAUACACAGGAGGAGGCCAAUCUGCAGGGGAAAACGACGCAGGAGGUUGCUAGUGACCGAAGUAGAAAUCCGGUCCAGAACGCACAACGGAAGGAGGCUCGGACGAAGCUCAAUAAUCGGGCUCGGAAGGCAUUCUUCACAAUCCCAAAGAACCAACAGACCUAUGCAAAAGCAAUGACUGCAUUUUUGGAGUCGUGCGAAGCCUUCAAUGGUGGCGUUAUGGAGACUGACGAGGCAGACAUCCGCCGGAAACUUGAUAAUACUAUUGCAUAUCUUGCGAAACUCCUGCCGGACACACUUCGAUCCACUACGGAUCUUGUCAACUUUGCAAAGCUUCAUGAUCGACGUUGCUAUGACCAAAUUCGACGAUGCUAUUCUCCUGAUAGCGAUUAUGAAACUGUCGCGAACUCUAUCUUCGAAGCUAAAAAGCGAAUCUCAAAUAAUACAAAACUUGGGUCUCUGGCCACCGCUUCCCUUGUUGAAACAAUGACGCCACUCCUUUAUCGCGUAUCUCUCCUCAUCUACAACAAAUCACAUAUUGCCCACAUGAUCCGCUUUUCCACCGAUGAAGACACAUCCUUUGGGACCUCGCUCAACCUCGUGGCCCAUGAGGUCCUCCGGGAGAUGUCGCAGAGCAAUCCGGGUGUCUUUGGCGCACAUAUCAAAACCCUAUGUGACCUCAUCGUAGACAAAGCCCCAAUCGCUCCUCGCAACAAAGGCCGUGCUUCAGCUCGAGAAGGUAUGGAGGUUGACUUGGAAGGCCUGAAUAUGGAAGAUACGAUCAAGGCAUGCUCCGGAUUUGCUAAACAGUACCCGAAAGAACUGCCACACGAUAAGAAGCUAAUGGAGGCGCUUGUUAACUUCUCUCUAUAUGGCACCUCUCCGAUUGCGGCAAAACAUGCUGUUGCGAUAAUUAUGCGUACUUCUUCUCGAAGUGAUAUGUAUGCCUCUGACUUGAUCAAGAAAAUUUUGAAAGAGUGGGAAUAUGGUAGCGAGUUCUAUCUGGCUCGACUUGCAACUUUAUCUCAGGUGGUUUUAUUUGCCUGCCGGGAAGCGGAAUCCGACCCAGACAACAUCAAUCGAAUCAGGGAUAUUGCAAUCAAGGAAGUUUUGCUACGGCCGCCGGAGGGUGAUGUUGCUGUUACCGAGGACGAUGACGAAGAUGACGAUUUAGAUAGACAGCCAGUCCCAAGCGAGGCUUGUCAGGCCAAGUUACUCGCUCUGAAGAUACUGAUCAACCACCUGCGUGCCCACGGGUCAGAUGAAGGAGCCGAUGGCGACAGCACACGGAAGGUUCUUGCAGAGCCAGUUUACAAGCUCCUGAAUGCCUUAUUGGCUAACAAUGGCGAGUUGUCGAAGAAAGGAGACACCCCCAAGGACGACAGACAGACAUUGUAUUGGGCUGGGGCCAAUGCAUUCAUCAAACUAGCUAGGAUUCGCGGCUACGAGAUCUUGAUCUCACCGAGUGUGUUCAAUCGAAUUGCUCUUGUUGCGGAAUAUAAUUCUCAGGUGGUACGCAAGCGAUUUGUGGACAAGGUCAAAAAACAUCUUGCAGCCUCCACUCUCUCGGCGAGAUACUAUACCGCACUUUUCCUGCUCGCCGAUGAGAAGCAACGAGAUAUCAAGGAGGAGGCAUCUAGCUGGCUGAAAGCUCGAGCGAAGUCUCACCGUGAGGCGAAGGACACCAGCAUGGAGACCACUUUUGCAAGACUAUUGAGCUUACUGGCGCAUCAUCCCGAUUUCGAUAGGGACGAUGAGGAUGUAUUAAAGCAGUUUGCAGGCUACGUGCUGUUUUACCUAGAGUGCGUGGUCGUAGAGGAGAACCUGAGUUUGGUAUACUACGUCGCACAGAGGAUGAAGAGCGUGGUAGAUGGAAUUGUGCCGGAUUGCAGCGAGAAUUUAUAUACGCUCUCGGAUCUAGCGCAAGUAGUUAUUCGCAAGUACGAGGAUGUUAAAGGAUGGGCUCUACAGACGUGGCCGGGUACGCUUAGACUACCGAUGGGUUUGUUCAAAGGAUUCAAAGACAAUACAACUAGCAACGAAGUCGCGAGGAAACACUAUCUACCUGAUGGGUUCGAAAAUGUCGUGGACAGUAUAUUCAAGAAGCCGAGCAAUAGAAAGAGAAAAUCCGAUGCCUUUGGUGCAGCUACCCCUGCCAAGAAGCGGUCUCGAACAACUACUACAACGCCCGGCACUGCUAAGAAGGCGAAGGGAUCCUCGCGACCAAGUACCAUUAAGAAGAAGAAGAAGAGAGGCAACGACGAUGAAGACGAAUUUGCAACGCCAGGCAGAAGUGUUGAGAGGAGAAAGAGCGGAAGAAUUACGAGUUUUGUCGCUGGGAAAUAUGCAGAGAGUGAAGAUGGGGAAGAGGAUGAAGAGGAUGAAGUUGAGAGUGGAGAUGAGAAGAUGGAAUGGGAGAAAUCGGCUCGUGGGGCUGCUAUUGAGGAGGAUAGUGAACAAGAACAUCCAAAAAAGUCUAACGGUGUUUCUAAGUCUAAGGUUCAAACUACCCCUCAAUCGGCGAUCAGGCUGGCGACAAAAUCAAAAUCAAGGGCGGACCUCGAAAUGGCGGAUAGCGAACAAGAGGAGGAAGCAGAAGCUAGCGAGGAGGAGGAGGAGGAGGAGGAGGAGGAGGACAACGAAGAGGAGGGAAAUGAUGCGGAAGAAGAAGAAGAGGACGAGGACGAGGAAGAAAACGAGCCUUCUCCACCACCCGUCAAGCGGGGGGGCCGAAAGCAAGCUAUAGUCCCUGCGAAAAAGGCACCUCCCAAGAAAGAGAACAUAGCCAAAAAAGCAGCUUCCCCGCCGGCUGGCACGAGAGGAACCAGAGCAUCGGCUCGCACACGCGGGAAAGCCAACGGCAAGGCCGUUAUCAGCCAGAUGUAUAUCGAUGAUGACGAUGACGAUGAAUGA